AUGGCUAUUGCUAAUCCAAUAUUUACUCAUGGUCAGCUACCUCCACGGGUGAAAUAUGUUGAUCCAUUACUACACUCAUCAAUUGUUAGAGAUGCAGCAUUUGAGACUAUGCUAAAGCUUGCUCAUUGUCAUAUCAAAAGAAGUUCCAUUGAGGUGCCUCUUGGAGCUACGUGGGUUCAGGGAACAAUGCGAACUUCAGGAUUUGAUACAAUUCCGAUAUGUCCUUUGGAGAGGCCUAGGAAAUGGGGAGUAUCUCCUUCAGUUAAAUCAUUUACUUUUCUUGUUAAAGGUGGUUUUCUCUUGCCCCAACUCGCCGCAUCUUCUUCCUCCCGACGCGACCCCAAAUCGCCUCUUCCUUUUUCUCCUGGCGUUGUGCCCCUACAGGCGCCUCUUCCUCCCUACCUGUGCCCUAGCUCCUGCCCCAACUCGCCGCAUCUUCUUCCUCCCGACGCUGCCCCAAAUCGCCAUCCUCCAUUUUCUCCUGGCGCUGUGCCCCUACAGGCGCCUCUUCCUCCCGACCGGUGCCCUAGCUCCUGCCCCAACUCGCCGCAUCUUCUUCCUCCCGACGCUGCUCCAAAUCGCCUCUUCCUUUUUCUUCCGACGCUGCCCAGACUCGUCGAAGAGACCCCUCUCGCCGAGUCCUACAGAAGCCCUCUUCUUAUGAUCAAACCAACCUCUAAAUCAUCGCAUUGGCAACUUCUGUCGACUACACAACCUCUGAAAUUGUUACUACCACUUGCUGAUCCUGCGCAGGCUCUUAAUGUUCCUGUUGUCCCUUUAGGAGCUUUACAAUCAGCUGCCUAUCCUGUAUCAUCUAGGCCUCCAUAUGUUCUGUCAUGGCUUAAUGAUCAAAUAUCAGCACAGGAUAUGAUUUCAGCCUGA